AUGGAAGUUCCCUCGGCUGAAGCGAUUCUACCUUCCGGGGCCACAUAUGGAGCCACCAGUGAUGCAAGGUCUUCUGUGGACGAGGAAACUGGGCAGAAAACCAUCGUCAGGAGACGCGGCAACAAAGCGACAACCGUGGCUGGAUUGGAGGAGAUUGGUGGCUUCUGCGGAGGUCUAGCGAACGACUACCGCCGCAGAUGGCAGUUUUGGAGGUCAGAUUGGAUCUCCGAUGCUUUAACUGCGAAAACAAUUUCUUCUGCUCUCUUCAUGUUCUUUGCCACAUUCACCUCCACCUUGGCUUUGGGAGAGCACAUCAAAGAGUCUACAAAUGGGCUCAUGGGAUUGAACGAAUAUCUGAUGAUGAACAGCGCAGCUGGUAUGCUUCACUCAAUCAUUGGCUGUCAGCCUUUAUUGGUCUUGCGACCAACGGGCCCGAUUACACUUCUGUUUGAAAAGCUCUUGAUGUUUGCAGACGAGCAUUCCUUGCCCUUUUGGCCUUUCUUUGCUUGGACCGGAAUCUUCGUGGGGCUCUUGAUGUUUCUGAUUGCAGCCUUCGAACUCUCCAAGUACGUGAAAUACCUUACCCUAUUCACGGAGAAUAUCUUUGCCACCUUCAUUGGCAUUGUCUACAUCAAUGAUGGCAUCCAAGGCAUGAUUCAAUUGUGGGAAAAUCCAGCAGUUGCCGGCGAUGGCACCAGAGUCCCAGGGUCACAAUAUGGAAGUGAAGAUGCGGCUUCCAAACUUCUAACUCUGAAUAUGACCAUUGGAUUCACAGCUCUAACUCUGUGGCUGAGUACCCUGCAAUCCUCCAGGCUCUUCGGUUACAGGGCUCGCAGCUUCCUGAAAGACUAUGCCCUCACCAUCACGCUCUUUGUGUCCAUUUUUACAGCGUGCUAUUUGAAUCAACACCUCUUUCCCGUGACCUUCAUCGACACGGGGAGCAAUGGCUUCAACCCGACCAGUCGUCGGACCUGGGUCACCGACCUCACGGCCAUCUCGGCCAAGGGCGUGGCCUGUGCAGCGCUGGCGGCGUUUCCGGUGGUGGUCUUCUUCUACCUGGAUCAGAACAUCUCCAGCAGCCUUUGUCAAAAGCCAGAGAUGAAGCUCAGCAAGGGCAGCUACUUUCAUUCCUCCUUUGCUUGUAUGGCAUCGUUCAAUGUCCUUGGCCCCUUGUUUGGUCUCCCGUUCGUCACUGGAUCACUGCCACAUUCGCCGCAAUUCGUGUUGUCUCUGGCAGAGAGAGAUGAAGACCACCAGAUCACACACGUGCGAGAAAACCGCCUUGCACCACUGCUGUGUUAUUUCAUGAUUGGUCUACCAUUGCUUGCGCCAUCACUUUUGCAAUCGGUACCCAAAGCCGCUGUAUUUGGCACCCUGAUUUUUGUGGGUAUAGACGGCAUUCAAAGCACCCAACUUUAUGAACGGUGCUUGCUAAUGUUCACUGAUGCCCGUUUUGUACCAAAGAGGUCUGUAUUUGCGACCGUAUCGCUGGGGACAAUACAGAUUUUCACACUGAUUCAAAUCGGGCUCGUUGUGGCCUGCUGGAUGGUGAAUACCUACUUUGGACUCUAUUUUCCUUUGUUCUUCAUGAGCUUAGCACCCUUCAGGCGCUUCCUCAUCCCAUGGGUCUUCAGCCAGAAGGACUUGGAAACCUUGGAUCACAGCCUAGAUGAAGCAGACCAGUCGGCCAAAGCACCGGGCUUAAACCGCCAGAGCUCUAUCUACAAGGACAUGUCUCCAUGA